AUGCCACCAAGAAUCCUGAUCGCAGGUGCCGGUAUAGCAGGCUUGGCGCUUGCGCAGGGUCUACUCAAUCAUCCAACGAAAAAAUUUAAAGUAAUUGUGUUUGAGAAAGAUGCUGGACCACAAGGCAAGUCCGAUCUGUUUCUAACGAUCAACGCUCGAUGGCAAGGCCAUCACAUACAAGUCUAUAACUAUGGUGCCCAGGCUCUUCUCCGUCUCCUGCCUCCGCACCUCAUUGCUCGAUUAUCCGAAGUGUUCCCACCACACAUUGAGAAUGAAUGCCCUUCAGCAUUAGUCAUUGAUGAAUCAGGAAAACAGGUAGUCGUAUUCGGUGGCAAACAGGCGAAAGAUGUACACGAGCUGGCACAAAUUGAUGAGAAAAAAACUGCGUGGAUAAUGGGGUAUAGACCAGACUUGAGGAAUUUAUUGCUAGAUGGCGUGGACGUUAGAUGGAGCAAACAAAUAAUCGGAUAUGAAGAAAGUGAAAACGGCGUCAGGGUUUGCUUUGCUGAUGGAACAGAAGAAGUCGGAGACGUGCUAAUUGGAGCAGAUGGAGUCAAUUCAAUAGUAAGAUCGCAAAAAUUUCCAAACUCAUAUAAACAACACCUUGGCGUGACCGUAAUUCCAACAGAUGUUCUCGUGUCCGCCUCACUAGCCAAACGCUAUCAUGCUUUCGCAAAACAUGCCGAGGCUGCAGUUUUCCUUGGUCCUGAUGGACACACGCUUCUUGUAACCACUCGACUUCAUUCAAUCACCCAAGAUUCUGCUACUUUUUAUCGCAUGACCUUGCAAUAUGGGUUUCCCUCUGCCGAAACCAAUUACACGGUCGACUCGCCGGCGGAUGUAGUUAGAGACAUUACUAACUUUUUGAUGAAGAGGAAAAGAGGCGAGUUAACCGAUGUUUUGUUGGAAUUAUGGAAACUGGCAAGAACCAAAGAUGUGAAAGUUGGCGGUAUGGCUUAUGUGCCGCCAGUGAGGAGAGCACUAUAUGAAGUAGCAGGAAUACCAGAGGAGAGCAAGCCAAGUCGGGUGACUUUGCUGGGAGAUUCUAUCUGUGGAAUGUCGCCUUUUCGGGGUCAGGCCGCUAACAUUGCGUUCCAAGACGCGGUGUCAUUAUGUCGCGCAUUGGAUAAUUACGAAAUUGAAGGAUUUAUUAGAUGUAUCGGUAAUUACGAGACUGAAAUACGUCCACAUGAUCUCAAAGCUCAAAUUGCUUCUCGUUACAGAGCAUUAGAAAUGACGCUGUUCGGCCUUCGCAAGUGGCCAGUACCCAUACUUAAACCUUUAUCGCCAUUUAUAAUCGCCGCCACUGUCAUUUAUGUUGGUGUUUGGAAGUUGGAAACGGCAGCACAAAGUCAUCCACCGUAUGACACCGAUCCUCGUAAUCCGAAAGCCUACUUUAAUUCCAAGCUAAAGAAACAUCAUGGGGAACAUUAA